AUGUGUCGGAGGGUGGAAGAUCUGUUGGAGGCUUGCGAUAAGUGGAAUUUGUCGAUCAGUGUAGCCAAGAGCUUUUGGGGCAUGGAUGAGGUGGGAUAUCUGGGACACCGAGUGUCGAUCGGAGAUCUGGAGGCGAACCCGAAAGACCUGAAAUCGUUGACCGAUCUGCCAUUCUCCGGAUCUCUGCGAUCUAUGCAGUCAUUCCUGGGCAGUCUAAAUUACUACAGCCGAUUCAUCGAAGAUUAUGCCAUCAAUGCCUCGGUACUCUACGAAUUACGUGAAGUGGAGUUUGCAGAAGCCUUCAUCACGCUGAAGGCCAAGAUCGAGACAACGCCGAUUCUCCGCGACUUCGACGAGACAAGAACGCCGGUAGUUAUCGUAUAUGUCAGUGAUUGGGCGAUAUCCGCCUCGUUGACGCAAGAACACGACGGGAUCUAUCAUCCGGUGGCGUUCGCCAUUCGUACCUUGAAGACAAACGAGCUGGAUUACAAUGUGACUGAGAAGGAGGUGUUGGCAUUGCUGAGGAUCUUGGAUCUCUAUUACAAUUUGCUGGUAGGACGCGAGAUCCGGAUGCUCGAGAUCACGAAGUGCGCGAAGGGCGAGGACGAAAUACUGGGGGCGAUCGCUGCCAGCAUCACGCCGAGGGCGAAGAUGGACGACGCUCUGACCGAGAUCGCUCCACGGAAGGAACCUAAACGCCGGAUCCAAGCACCGAUACCCACCGUAGACCGAGAAGAGGAAUUAUGGGUGGUCAGUUUUGACGGAUCCGCCCGAGUUAAGCGUGGUGGAGGCGCGUUCAGUGCGAUCGUGUGGAGUUUGCCCGGAUGGGAGGUAGUCAAAGCCAGAUCGGGCUAUCAUGAGAGCCUCACCUUGAACGAAGCAGAAUAUAACGGCCUGAUCCUGGGACUCGACAUGCUAGAGGACCUAGAUCACAAACGCCUAGUGAUCUGCGGUGAUUCCAACUUAGUGAUCCGACAAGUACGAGGCGAGAUCGAUUGCAAAGCACCCGGGCUGACGCUACUGAAGCGGCAGGCCCUCGAUCGCCUGAGGAAAUGGAGAGUUCAUGAGCUAGUGCAUGUCAAGAGAGACUGGAAUGGAAGUGCCGACAGUCUAGCGAGCGCCGCUUUGCAACGCCAAGGCGGGAUCGAGGUCCAGAAGAUGCCCGGGUACCAGGAUCUGGUCACUCUGAACCGGUUAGACGAGAUCCUCAUUCCCAGGACCGAGAACCCAGUGGUGCGAGUUGCAGCGAUUACCACGCGAGGCGCUCAAGUAAGAUCGCCUGCGGGUGUCAUGCAAGAGGAUCUGAUCCGGGAUAUGAGGGUCGAUCGGAUCAAGCAGGCCCAGGAGGAGGAAGUCUGGGUCGCAGGCAUGAAGAAGUAUCUGAGUGGAUCGAACGCAGAUCUCACACAAGCAGAAGCGAGAUCGUACGGUAAGAUCGCGGUCGAUUACGAGGUGGACGAGCAAGAUCUACUCUUUUACUGCCCUCCCACGCCGAGAUCGGGGGAA